GAAACUGACGGACCUAUCUGGGGCAACCCUAAUACAGGAACACUAGUGUUGCGGCGCAGCCGGAGAGUCCUCCUAGCCUUGUUCAAAAACCCUCUCCCUUUCGGCCUCAUCCCAUCUACUAGAUCUCACUUGCUGCUGGAUCGCCGGACGAGGAGAUCCGACGCGGCCUCUGACCGAACUGAAGGGGGAGAAGACAUUGAGAUGCAAGAUCAACCAAUUAUUAUGAUGGAUGAACCCUCCAAUUUGAAGCCAGCAAAGAAGAAGAAAUCGAUGAAGCAAAAUGGCUCUGCUGCAGUUGAAGUCAAGGGAGACUCGAAAGAAGCAUCCAAUCUAUCCAGAAGGCCACAGAAGGGAAACAAGCGAGGCCUGCAAAGUGAUGUUUCCCACCCGUCCGGACAGGCAGAUCGAUUAACUUCUGAUUCAUUUCUUGAUCCGUCCGGAUUGAGUUAUGUGUACAGGCAAUUGAGACACAGGUAUCUCUUCCUGGAGGAGGAAAGCUUCUCACUGGAUAAAGAGCUUGAUGAGGUGGACGCAGGAGUCAAAUCUUUGGAAGAUGAGAAGCUCGCUCUGCUGGAUCAGCUUGUCGUCUUGGAAGGUCUUGUCGAUCCUUCGGAAAUUAAGCGGGCAAAGAUACCUGAAGGAUCUUUCCAAACUCAAGUUUCAUUAGGUGUAGCAAAGAUAGUUUAAGUACGAGGGAAGUACCCCACUGACAGAUGUUCUAUGUGCCUUUUAUCAUGCUACACAAGCUAAUCUUUUCAGAAUGAACACUGAAAAGGUCCAUCUCUUUAUGCUUGAUUUCAGAUGGUUAGGAUGUGACUGAAUACAACUAGGCAAAAAUGAAGUAGACCAACUGAAGCUCAAGAACUCGGACUUGCCUCAAAAAUGAUGACUCGGAAUGAAGACCAAUAGAUGAAGAGCAUUAUUGUUGUUGGCUUUAGGAAAAAAAAAUUGUGAAAUUUUAAUUCGUCGUCCUUAGUUUUUAAUUUUGCUCGUUGAAACUAAGCUAUUUGUCUCCGAGUUGUUGUGCGCCGACAGAAUUGAACCAUAAUUGCUUAUUGAUCAUUGCGCGGUGUGACUUAUUGAUCUA